GGGGAAAGAGUCAGGAGUGGGUAUGCAGGAGAGUGGGAGCGCCGUCUCGUGGUGAUUAGUCCAUAGCUGGAUUUAUGGCUCGCAGCUGUUGAGUGGCUGACAGACGUGUGAGGAGCUCCAACGCUGCUGCUUCUCAAGCUGCUCGUACCAGCUCAAGAUCUGCUUACUGUUGCGUAGGAAAGAGGACUGCUGUGCCUCAACAAACAACGCCAGCAGAUGGUGCGGGAGCAGUAUGUCACCACCACCCAGGGCGACAGCGCGCCCAGGCCGGUGCCCGACCACAUCUACAAGAUCGGCAUCUACGGCUGGAGGAAACGUUGCCUCUACCUGUUUGUCCUGCUGCUCAUCGUUAUCCUGGUGGUCAACUUCGCCCUCACCAUCUGGAUCCUUAGGGUGAUGUGGUUCAAUACGGAAGGGAUGGGACUCCUACAAGUGCAUUCGGACGGGGUCAAGCUGCAGGAAGGAGAGUCGGAGUUUCUCUUUCCUCUGUACGCUCAGGAGAUUCACUCCAGAGAAGAUUCAUCACUGCUAGUGCAUUCACCGGAAAAUGUGUCCCUUAAUGCCCGCAAUGAAAACGGUGAUGUCACAGGAAGGAUAUUUGUGGGUCCAAAAGAGGCUCAGGGACACACUCAGAAUCUGGUCAUUAACUCCAUCAAUGACAACAUGCUGUUCACUGCAGAUGGCGAACAGGCUGUUAUUGGAAGAGACAAACUACGUGUCACAGGUCCUGAAGGAGCGUUGUUCCAGCAUUCAGUGGAGGUGCCUCUGCUCAAAUCUGAACCUCUGAAAGACCUGAGGUUAGAGUCCCCCACCCGCUCUCUCAGUAUGGAUGCACCAAAAGGAGUUCAUCUCAAAGCACAGGCUGGAAACAUUGAAGCCGCCUCCAACAUGGAUGUUUUCCUUCAGUCGACUGUAGGACUGCUGGUGCUGGAUGCUGAGACGGUGCGCAUGCCGAGCCUGCCCCUGAGCAAAGGAGGGGUUUCUGGAAAUGCUCCGGGACUCUUCGAGGUGUGUGUCUGUCCCAGCGGCAAACUCUUCCUGUCCAAAGCUGGGGUCACCUCCACUUGCAGCGAGAACCAAGAGUGCUAAAUAUACUCUGACAAGGUAAUUGAUUUUCCGUCUCUUGGAGGAUGCGUCUUCUGUGAGGAAACAAGCACAGCUGUUUAUAUCCGGCCGAGGUUACUUUUGGAAUCUUUAUCCCACAGUGGAUGAUCACUAAGCCAAGAUCCCACUGGCACACGGAGGCCUGUAUGAAACUGCCUGCUGGUGUACAUGUCAGAAAUGUCAUAAAUGCAUCCUUUUAGUUGCCUUUAUGACCUUUUAAAUAUUCAGCUGAUACUAAUUGGCAUCAAAUUUACGCCUGCAUCAGAGCUUUUUAGAGAUUUUUUUUUUUUUUUACAUAGAAAAUCAUGGCUGGGCAAUGAGGAGCUGGUUAACAGCUUACAUCCUAUGCAAUAUUAUAUCAUGGUGCAAUAAAUUAAAGUGGCACAUAUCAAGGGCUUGGAAUUAUGAAAUUAAAUGUUUAAAAAAGCAAUGGAAUGUUUCCGAAUAUUUAUUUUAUGUUUAUGUUUAUGUUUAUGCAUUUGGCAGACGCUUUUUUCCAAAGCGACUUACAGGGGAAAACCAAUUAAAUCACUCAAUCAAUCAAAUUUUAUUUAUAUAGCGCCAGAUCACAAAUUAUUUUGGUUUGUUUAUGCCCUCCUUGUUCCAAGCCCUUGAUGUGUAGUGUUUUUUUUUUGUUUUGGUGUUUAGCAUGUUUUUACUGGGUUGAGAAAGUUUCAAAAAAUGUUAGUUUAUAUUUUGUCAUUGUCAAAGUUGAUUCAGAGAAAUAUGGAAUAUGUUUUUAUUUUCACUCAUCACUAAGGAAGAGAGAUGUUUCUUAUUUUGCUUUGACUGUUUUAGAGUUAAGAUUAAAAUAUUACUAUUUUAUGGAACCAUAAUGUCACUAGUGUGGUGUCACAUGUGUAAUUAUGUGUUUUUUUCUGUUUUUAGGGUUGUGUAUGUUUGGCCAUGUGUUAUUUUUAAGCCCUGCAUAAGCAUGUAAUUAUGCAAUAGUCACAUGUCAGGUUUGCAGGUUUUUCUGCAAAAUAGAAAGUAAGCUGGUCUUUAUUUUUGUUUAAAACCUUCCCUAAAAUGAAGGCAUUACCUAUGUACACAUGAUAAAAGCAAAACAGGUAUACCAAACACACUGUACUGGUGGUUAGUUUGUGAUUAUAUAAGAAAUGAUGGGCUUCAGUUUUUCUUUGGUCUUGGAUCAAACAUGAAUUGAUUUUGUUUUUACACAAUAUGCAUGAAAGGGACUACGUUUUCCUUUGUAAUAGGAUAAGACUCUCAGUACAUCAUAUCAAAGAGGUCUGUGUUCUGCGAAGGUUACACAUCAGUGUAAGGCUUUGGAUAAAAUAAACAUCUUAUGUCCUUUUCUGAUCAGUUAUUGUAAAUGUUGAAAAGACAGUUUUCAGUCUCCACCUCUGUCCUGGCAUAUUUUGAUAAGAUGAUUGUGUAUUUAUUAAUUUUGUAUGUUAAAUAAACUUUGUGAUAUUCUUCUA